AUGGACAUGGACGAAGACACGGAUCCCGCCGAGCCUCCAACCAGGACCCCUAACCACCCCAUCGAGGUCUCUGAUGGGUCAUCAUUCCAUGGAUCACCGUACCGUGGUCCAGACAGUUACGAAGCGAGAUUCGGCCAGUAUGAUUGGGUGUUUACCCCUUCGUACCACUCCUCGUCUCACCAACAGCAGCAGCAGCAGGAUCCCUCCGAGGAUUCUCGUUUUGUCGCGGUCACUCCACCGCCACCACCACCAGUUCAGCAACAGGCUCCAGAGCCACCGAGGCGAAGAAGAUCGAAUGCACGGAUGUCCGUGCAAGGAGGAGUGCGUAUCAGCACCCCUCAACCUUCAAGUGGCAGCCACUACCAGCCACUCCACGAAGACCCGCAGAUGGGUGGGCCUUCAAACCCCGUCUCGAAAGUAGACUCUGCGCCUGUCGUGCCACCACCGUUGGGUUUUGGCAACCCAAUUCCUACAUACGCCGGUUCAGCGGUGUACAACCCAUUUGAGAAGCCGGCCCACACCAACUACAACUACGCCGAGGCUGACCCAUACCUGGUAAUGGAAAACUACAACGCUUAUCAUCCCGAGGGGCCCUUUGGGGUCCCAUAUCAGACUGGGUAUCCACCCUAUGGGUACCAAUACCCGCCACCUCCUCAACCUCCGCAGUAUCAGCAGCCGCCGCAGCCGCAUUUGAUACCACCAGAGCGACAACAGGAAGUUCUCGAAAGAUUGAGCCAGGUAGAGCAGGAAGUUCAAGCAGAGCGCCAGAACAACCGCAGAUUCUUCAAAGGUUUGGCAAGCGUAAUCAAGGGGAAGACCAAGGGAAGGGAUUUUUGA